GAAUUUCUUCUCAUCAGGGCUGGCACUAGACUUUUUGCCGCCUAGUGCCACUGCACUGGCUCUGAUACUGCCCCUGCUUCUCAUAAUAAUUUGAAAUUACAGUGAUGUUCUUUUUUUUCCUGGAUGAGGGCAGCAAGUGUAUGUCUGCUUCUAGUUAAGUGCUUAAAGUGAUAGAAUAUGUGAUAAUAAAGGUACGAAUGCAAUGUCGAUGAGAGGGAAAGCUCUGUUGAAACAACAUUUGAAUAAACAGCAUGUAUCAUUUGGUCCGGGAUAUGUAUCAAUUUCUGAGCUGUAUUUGCAAAAAACAGGUUUAAGAGGCCGAAAAGGAAUGUUAUUUUAUGCUUUAGUAGUUUUCCUUUUUGCUGUUGCACUGAUAAAUUUAGCUGUAAUAGUUGUCCUUUUAAGUGUGCUUCGUAUUGGAUAUGGAAUGGAAAGCAUGGAAUUCAUUCGAUCUGGAAAGUUGCUUCGAUUUCUUAAUCAUGCAGAUAUGGGUACUGUUAUUCCUGAUUCUGGCAUCAUUGGUAGCUUUGCGGAGAGAGAUUUACCUAUCAUUGGGGAUAACCAGCCUAUUAUUUUCCGUACAAGUUCUGGAAUCAUUUCUGGUGAAUAUGGGCCAAGUAUGGAAAUGCAUCAUGACUGGACAGUUAUUUCAGGUGUUGAAGAAUUUUUGCUUCAAAGUCCUACCUCUGGCAAAAGCAUUUUUUCAACUGAAUAUAAAGAUUUCAAGCUUCCUUAUGGUGUUUCACAUUUGAAUGUAAAAGAAGCUCAUGUUUCUAGG